CGUACCCCAAGCCACUACACAAAUAACACCAAUAAAACUCAAAAGUGCGCACUCCAUAACAUCAACUCAAAUAAUGGAGAAGGAACACAAAUACUAUUUGUUUCUCACAAAGUUGAACUUGUUUUUUCUUGUUACAUUAACUACUUUUCAUGGCCUUAGCCAUGGUUUCCAAAUGGAUCAGGCACGUACAUUAAUGUCUUGGCGUCGUUCUAAAAUGCAUGCUCGAACUUAUGGUACUCAUGAGGAUGAGACAUUUUGGACAGAAAACUUAGUAUUUUCCGAUGAAAAACAUGUCGGAAAUAUGGAUGAUGAUCUAAUUAAAGAUGGUCUUCCAGGGCAGCCUUCAAAUGUGAUGUUUAAGCAAUAUGCAGGAUAUGUUAAUGUUGAUGAAAAUAAUGGAAGAAACCUUUUCUAUUACUUUGCUGAAUCUUCUUCUGGAAAUGCUUCUUCAAAACCUCUUGUUCUUUGGCUAAAUGGAGGUCCAGGAUGUUCAUCAUUAGGAUUUGGGGCCAUGCUUGAGCUUGGGCCUUUUGGUGUAAACCCUGAUGGAAAAACCCUUUAUUCCAGAACAUUCGCAUGGAACAAAGUUGCGAAUGUGAUGUUUGUGGAGUCGCCGGCAGGGGUUGGCUUCUCCUAUUCCAACACUACCUCCGACUAUGCAAAGUCAGGCGAUAAGAGGACUGCUGAAGAUGCAUAUAGGUUUCUAGUGAAUUGGUUCAAGAGGUUUCCACAUUACCAAGGCAGGGAUUUCUACAUCAUGGGAGAAAGCUAUGCAGGAUUCUACGUACCAGAGCUAGCAGACAUCAUUGUCAAGAGGAACAUGUUGCCCACCACAAACUUCAACAUCCAAUUCAAAGGAAUCAUGAUAGGGAAUGGUAUAAUAAAUGAUGAAACAGACGAGAAAGGGACAUUGGAUUAUUUAUGGAGCCAUGCACUGAUCUCAGACGAGACUCAUCGAGGUCUUGUACAACACUGCAAAACGGAGACCGAAACAUGCCAACAUUUUCAGAACAUAGCAGAGUCUGAGUUCGGAAACGUCGACCCUUACAAUAUCUAUGGCCCCCAGUGUUCCAUUAAUUCAAAGAGCACAUCUUCUUCUCCGAAACUGAAGAAUGGAUAUGAUCCUUGCCAACAAAAAUACGUUCAGAAUUAUCUCAAUCUUCCUCAUGUGCAGAAGGCAUUGCAUGCUAACCUCACCAACCUUCCUUACCUUUGGAACCCUUGCAGCAAUCUGGAUUGGAAGGAUACUCCAGCAACUAUGUUUCCGAUAUACAGGAGACUUAUUGCAUCUGGUCUACGUAUACUUCUUUACAGUGGAGAUGUUGAUGCAGUAGUUUCAGUUACUUCAACUCGCUAUAGCCUUAGUGCUAUGAACCUUAAGGUGAUCAAACCUUGGCGUCCUUGGCUUGAUGACACACAAGAAGUAGCUGGAUAUAUGGUGGUUUAUGAUGGAUUAGCUUUCGCUACAGUUAGGGGAGCAGGGCAUCAAGUUCCACAAUUUCAACCACGUCGAGCUUUUGCUCUCUUGAAUAUGUUCUUUGCCAAUCAUUUUUAAGAAUUUUAGCAUUUGGGAUGUCCCGUUGGAAGUUCAUUUCCCACUCAUCCGAAUAAUUGGACAUAUUUUACUAAUAAAAUUCUUAUUCUCAUUAAGAAA